AUGUCACAAAACCAACCACAACCUCAACCUCAGCAAGUUGUUGUGACAUCAAGCUCAAGAUCUGAUAAAGAAGAAACAUUUGGAGAAUUGAGAGGUGAAAUUAGAAGGCUUCAAGAAAAUCUUUUUUCUCAACUUGAAGAUACCAUAGAGAAGAAACAAAAAUUAUUGGAAAAAGAAAAUCAAAAGAGAUUAGAUCAAUUCCAGAAAGAAUUUGAAAAAUUCACGGACAGCUGUAAAUAUCAACAGGAUAAUCUCUAUUCAGCAUUGAGUAAAUCAAUAUCUAAGUACUCAGAAGAAGGUAGCAAUGGAUCAGGAAACUCUCCGGAUGACUUUAUGAAAUUUUCUUCACAUCUCCAAAACUUGAUACAGCAAAAUAACCAAUUAUUGAUGAGCUCAUUUGACAGGAAGAUGAAUGAUUUAUCAGCUUCAGCCAAGCAAACAACUCAGGUAGAUAACAGUGCCGAACUGAACGAAAUGAGAAGGAAGUUAGAUGAUAUAAUGAGAAAUGUUAACAAAAAACCAGAGCCAAUAGUUGAGACUGUUGUUCGAAAAGUUGUGAAGAAAGAACCUCCAAAAGAAGAAAUUGUUACUGUAGUUAAGGCUAAGCCAAAAGAGCCUCCAAAACCUGAACCUAAACCAGAACCAAAAGUUGAUCCUCCAAGACCAAAGACCCCUGUUGUUGUAAAACCAAAACCUGAACCAGAGCCAGUAGUAGAACGACCAAAAACUCCAGUGAUGGCUAGACCUAAACCAGUGGAAAAACCAGUUCAACGAGUUGAAACUCCUCCAAGAGUUAAAACACCACCUCCACCUAAGCCACAAACACCAGAACAAGAAAGUUUUAUUUCUGAAACAACAACUGAUAGCUCAGAUUACUCUUCAACAGACACAAGCAUGACUUCGGAUAAUUCAAAUCUAGGAUUACGAGAACGUAUCUACAAAGAAUUGAAAUUAGGAAAGAUUUUUGAUGAGCUUGAUGAAUCAAUUGCAUAUCAACACUAUGAAGAUAAACCUUGGUUGAAAGCAAAGUACAAGCAAAAUCCAAAAUUUGUCAAAGUGCAAAACUCUGAAACAGACCAAGUAUUUGAUCACGAGAUGAGAACAUUGGGGGUGGAUCCUAGCCAAUCAGGAAUAACUGAGAAUGAGUAUUUGAGAGGUUUACAGGUACUCCAAAAAUCCAGAGGAAAUACUGUAAAUAACAACCCGGAUCACCUGGUCAUUAUGAACGCAUUAAGAGAACAAGUUGACAAGAUUGCUUUGGAUAGAUUAAAUGGUGAUUCCCAGCAAGGUAAUAGAGUUUCUUUCUCCCAUGAUCCUACACUCAACGAUUUUAUUAACAAAUUACAAAAAAUUAAUGACUAUGAUGCUAUUAGGAGAGUAAACCCAACAGAAAAUCAACAAGAAUCUCCAAGACGAAGAAAGAGCAAUGCUGAAUCACCGAGAAGAAGAAUAAGUAAUGCUGAAUCGCCCAGACGAAAGUUUAGCAAUGCAGACGAGGACCCAGCCAAUGAUAUUCCAAAAGUUAAAAUCCCUGAAAAACCAGAACCAAAGAUGAAAGCUAUUACAAUUGCCCUUGAGGCUCAAGCUAAAAAAAUGGAAAUGGAUGCAAAGAAAACCGUAAAGAAUCCAGAAGACAAUCAACCCCGAGUUGAAACUAAGAAACCAUCAGAGCAAAUGAAUACUCUCAAAUCAACAAUGAAUGAUACAAAACAAUCAAACACAUUACAAUCCACUUUGAAGAGCGACAGAAGCUUGAAUAACACCAAAAUUAUUGAGGCAGAAUUUGAUGAUGUGACUGCUGAUGAGCAUGAUGAGGGAUCUACUAUGUAUGAGGUUGUUGGUGCUCAGGGAGGAAACGGAGGAGGCGGAGGUGAAGAAAGUGAAUAUUCGACUGAGUAUGAAACUGAAACCGAAGAUAUAGAACCUCCAAGACAAGUUGCUCAAUCUGUUUCAAAGCCAACCAAUCAAGUCGUAGAAGAGGAAGAUAAUGACCACGAUGAUGAUUAUGAGGAAAUAGAGGAGGAAGAAGAGGAAGUACCAAAACCUAGUAGUCAGAAUCUCAUUCAAACUUUCGUUGCUCCUGAGUCAGAUGAAGAAAUUCCACCAAAACAAAAUGUAAAUACUAAGAGUGAAUCCAAUGUAAAGAAACAAAUGGAAUUGGAAUCAGAAAGCGAAGAAGAACAUGCUGUUGUAAGGGUUGUGAGCAAAGUCUCGAAGGUUAAAAUUGAAAGUAGUGAUGAUAGCGAUGAAGAGUUAAGUAGAGGUGGAAACCUUUCGAACCAAGCUUUGGGAAAUAAGUUCAAGAGCUUGAACAAUAUGUGGGAUGGAAUGAAUAAUAAGAAACGACCAAGUAAGCUUGACAAUAUUAAUAGAAACAAUGACAGUAGCAUUGAUUUGCCAGGUUCUGAUGACUUUGACAUUUCAGCAUUUAAGCAAAAUCUUACUCCAAACUCAAGACCAGGAACUGCCUACUCGAGUGACAUUUCUGGAUUCAUAAAGACUCUAAAGCAUGAUGACGAUGAUCUUGAUACUGAAGAGUUGUAAUAAAAUUAAAAAUU